AUGUCUACCUCACCAAGUCCACACUUUACUGCCUUCCAAUUGCAUGAUUUCCAAACACCAUCAAGCUCCGGACCGGCUCUCCCUGGUGAUGCAUCCACCAUCAAGAGCAUUGAGGCUGCGAUUAAGAAGCAUGCAGCUCUUUAUGCAUUGCUUCAUUCACCAUUUUUGUCCAAAAAGAGCUCCAUACUGAUUCUGGAGCUAUCCCUUGGUUGGCUAAGUUUGUUGCCGAUGUGUGAGGUCUUAGGGUGGCUCAGCACACAAGGCCGGCAUGGUCCAACAGCUGAAGAAUGUCAAGAAUUUCUGGGAAUGAUUGCAAUUAUUGUCAUUAUAUUUGGUUCUUCUGCACUCAAUGAUGUGGUGUCUGCUAUUCCACUUCCAGGGUCUCCUUUGCUGGAGGAUUGGGAACCGGCAAAACUGCAUGCAUCACCAAAGGCAUUGGGUAUCAUGUAUAACAUAACCAGUAUAACCCCUGGCACUGUUGCCAUUGUUUCAAUGCUGGUCUAUUUCAUAUUGUCUGGUGACACAGAAAUGGUAUCUGGUCAUGGGAAACCAAGCAGAAUGAACUACCUUGAGAUUCUUCUGAACUUCUAUAAGUUCAUCCACAUGGUGCUUAAACAAGAAGAAACUGCCAUGACCUGUCCAAUGCAUGAAACCAUUCAUUGGUUCCAGUAUUUGUUGUUUGGUUCUUCUGUAGGGGAAGAACCAAAUGUGUUGAUGGAAGCUGGGAGCAUCUCUGUGGGCCUGAAUGCCCUUCUUGCUGAAAUGGAUCUUAAUGACAGUGAGGUGGGCCCACCAGCUGAAUCUCCUGUGAGAUUUUCAAUAUAG